AUGGGUUUUGAAGAGGCAACGGAAGAGCGCCCGCCCACGGUGGUAGCGGUGGACACCGCCGACUAUUUGGAGGUCGAUGGCCAGGAGCGGCACCGGCCCCCUCCGGCUGUGCCAGCGGUGUUGGUGCCGAAAUCGGCUCGGAGCCGCUUGCGAGAGGGUCUCAAGGCCCGGCCCGGGUGUGUGAAGUGCUCUUAUUUUUUUUUGGUUUUGCUUUGA